AUGGCGAUUACAUUGGUCUACUAUGCGAUUGUAAUUAGGAAUCUGUAUGAAUUUUGGACACUCUACUGCUUCAAGAGGCAGCUUGAUGCAUUGUUAGAAAUGAAAAAGGUACAUGAAUACAAUUGUUUACAGGGAAAGAUGAGGAAUGAUAUGGUCAUGUUUACGAGCAAAGGAUGCUGUGGUGGAAUAUUUGACCAUAAAAUGCGAGAUAGGGAAGUAGCAAAGUUCACAGUCACAAAUUCAGGCACAACUAAAAUUGUGGGAAACAUGGAUUUUGAAAAGGACAAAAUUAACUUCAUUCUGACUGGUGAAAUAGAGCCUAAUCACGAAUACAACUGUGCUGAAACAACUCUGAAUAUACUGCAAUUUGCAGAUAAGGAUGUGAUUGGAAACUACCUGAUGAUUAUGAAAUUUAUUAAGGAACAAGGAUUUAAUGAUUUGGAAUAUGAUUGUAUAAGAUACAAGAUGGAGAGAAUUGGAGAGUGUGAAUACACAGAUUUUUCAUUGGGAAAUGCAUUCAGGAGAGUGGAGACCAAAUACAAUGGGGAGAAUCAGACAAUGAUUGAUUUGGAUGAGAUGUUUGGUACAAUUCUCUUUAGUUUCUCAGAAAGACAGGAAUACACAACAAAGGCAGUGGAUUUGGUGCUGGAAUAUCUUCAUAAAAAGGGAAUUCUCAGGCAACAAGUUGAUCUGUUGGAGUAUCCUGAUUUGUUGCAGAUCAUAAUACCAUUUGAUUUGGCAUUUAGGAAGAGUAAGAGGUGGGAUUUGAUCGAGCAGAAGAUGUUUGGAUUUGAUCUGAGGGAUGUGGAGAAGAGCGACCUGGCAUUUCUAUUUGAUUUGAAAAUUGUACGAGAGUAUCUUAAAACAGGUGGAGUCUACGUUACCAGUGAAAUUAUUCGACAUGGAUAA